UGCUGACGAUCAUAUGAUAAUAAAAGGUGUUGUGUGCCGGAGCAGGCUGUAAAAGUGGUGCGAGACUUUCUCUCGUCAGGUCUGCCCUGCGCCUCGAACAGCGAUGACAGCCAACGAGGCUCCCGUCUGAGAGUGUCCUGCCCAGUGCCGUCCAACAAUGUCCACGAUGCUCGUGUCCGUGGCCGAGUUGUCCAACAUUUUCUCCGUGCUCGCGGUGCUCAUCUGCUUCUGCGCCAUGGUCCUGUUCAUCCUCAGGAACAUGGUCGUAUUUCGCCUGCACGGAGACGAGUUCGUGUUUGGUGGAGGUGUGCACCCGGUCCAGCCGCAAAUUCCGCAGAUGAAGAUGAUGAAGGUGCACAUCCCUUUCACCUUCAAGAUUCAAGAAUCUUCAAAGUCUUCCUACAAUGAUUUGCAGUGCACGCUGUCGAGCCAGGUGAACUACACGCUGCACUCGUUUUGGGGCGUCUCAAUCCGCGAGCUGCACCUCUUUCUCUGGCGUCCUUGGGGUGCCAUCCAGACCGCCGUCAGACAGAAAAGCCUGCUCAGCGGCUACUGCCAGCAGCAAGGCAUCACCCUGCAGAAAGGUCCACAUGGUGACAAGACGAUUACGAUGCAGCUGCCAAGUCCGGACAGUCUGGACCUGGGCACGCCGCCGAGACUGUGUUACCCGCUGGUGAUUUUCCUCAUUCGAGACGACACCGAGACGCCUCACCCUGACGAGACUGUUGCUCUGAUCAACGUGGUGCACAUCAAGGACUCGGUCUGCACGCUGCCAACCAGCAUCCUGGCGCAGUACCUGAAGCAGGCCAAUGGACAGCUCUCGUGCCUCAAGCCCCUGUACCUAGCGAACGGCAACCCGCUGGGCUACGACGAUGAGCCGCCAUCAGUGUUCUGCGAGGCCGGGCUCAACUCGGAAGCGGACAAGGAGGCGGCGACGCCAACGGCGUGGGGCCCGACGUGCACUAGCCAGGAGCAGCUAUGCGUCGUGUGCCAGUACUUCCCAUUGUCGCGGGCGCUGCUGCCGUGCCGCCACACGUGUGUCUGCGCCAGCUGCUUCGGCAAGCUCGACCGGUGUCCCAUGUGCCGCAGCCCGAUCCGCAGCUUUUUCUGCAUCCGCAAGGAGGACUACCUGCCGGUGGAGGCGCGCUCGUCCUCGGACGCCAAGUCGGUGCCGCUGCACCGCUGGCUGCUGCAGUGGAACGACCGGCUCACCGACUUCUUAGGCUUUCACUGACCGAUCUGCAGCGCCCGCUUAACGUACAUACACACACGUGAAAGUUCCUUCCGAGAAUAAAAUAAAAACAUGGACCGAAAUGCAAAACGAUGAUGAUGAUUUGUAUCAGUAAUUUUCUGUUUUUAAUUAUUUUUAAUUGAUUAUUGUGAUCUGGCGAAUGCUUGUGGUGAACCCUGUGAGUGCGUUGACACUUUGUCCUCUUCUUCCUUCGACUUUGCUUUGCAUCUGCAAGAAACGUAGAUUUGUGCAUUUUCCUCCACCCUCGUCUCUUGGAUUUUGCGUCUCUUUUGUAGUAUAAGAUGUACGGAUUAUUUCUCCUGUUUUGUUACGAUGGCUAACCGAGUGACUGACUGAGUGUGCAGCAUCACGACUCUUAAUUAAUGUGUAUUUAUUUAGCUAAUUAAAGUAAAAGCCACGAAAAUAAAA